CCUAGCCUCAAGCCAGGCUGCACCAACUUGUCACCGCCAGUCUCCUCGCCGGCAGAUAAUUCCUAAAACAUGAGGAUAUUUGCUGUCAUUUUAUUCACAGCCUGCUGUCACUUGCUUCGGGCAUUUACCAUCACGGCUCCAAAGGACUUGUACGUGGUGGAGCAUGGCAGCAACAUCACGAUGGAGUGCAGAUUCCCAGUAGACAGGGCGCUGGACCUGUUUGCGUUAGUGGUGUACUGGGAGAAGGAGGACAAGCAAGUUAUUCAGUUUGUGAUGGGGGAGGAGGACCUGAAGCCUCAGCACAGUAGCUUCAGGGGGCGAGCCUCGCUGCCAAAGGACCAGCUUCUGAAGGGAAAUGCUGUGCUUCAGAUUACAAACGUCAAGCUGCAGGACGCAGGCGUUUACUGCUGCAUGAUCAGCUAUGGUGGUGCGGACUACAAGCGAAUCACGUUGAAAGUCAAUGCCCCGUACCGCAAAAUCAACCAAAGAAUUUCCGUGGAUCCAGCCACUUCUGAGCAUGAACUAAUCUGUCAGGCUGAGGGCUACCCAGAAGCCGAAGUAGUCUGGACAAAUGGUGACCGCCAGUCCCUGAGGGGGAAGAGAACUGUCACCACUUCCCAGACAGAGGAGAGGCUUCUCAAUGUGACCAGCAGUCUAAGGGUCAACGCCACGGCUAAUGAUGUCUUCUACUGCACUUUUUGGAUAUCUCAGUCAGGGGAAAACCACACAGCUGAGCUGAUCAUCCCAGAACCACCUGAAGUACAUCUCCCACACAACAGGACUCACUGGGUGCUUCUGGUAUCCGUCCUGUUGUUCUUCCUUGUAGUGCCUGGGGUCCUCUUCUGCUUGAGAAAACAAGUGAGAAUGCUAGAUGUGGAAAAAUGUGGCAUCGAAGAUAAAAACUCAAAGAACCGAAAUGAUACACAAUUCGAGGAAACGUAAGAAGUGUUGAACCCUCUGAUUGUCGAGGCAGGAUUGACGGCUUGUGGUCUGUGAAAGGAAGGGCCCAUGAGACAUGGGUCCAAGGACUCAAAAUGGAACCUGAGAAGAGAAAGGAACCGGGAGAGAGAGAAAGUGUUGGAAGAGGAGCCUGGAGCAAAGGACAUUUCUGCAGGAGGCACUGCUAAGCAUUGCCCAUCAAUCAUCUUGGGGAAUGGGUUGAGGGUUCCUGACUUAACAGCUGGUCCUUGCACAGUGACCUUUUCCUCUGCCCAGUGCCUGGAUGAGGAUGGAGUCACGAGUGUUGAAGUAUGAGUGCCUUCUAUUAAUUUUGAGUCUUCAAUUAAUUAUUGUGUGUUCUUGCUGUGGAUGUGUGGUUAUGACUGGUGAAUUCUGAAGACAUAAUAGAUGUUAAAAUGUAGUCACCAAACUCAACUGCUGCUUAGCAUCCCCCGUAACUACUGGUACAAGCAGGGAGAGUGGAGGUCAUAUGGUUGGUUUGACAGACUCUUGCUGUCUGACUUGAAUAAUCUUUAUUUUCAGUCCUUAAGGCUCUGCAGUAGUAGUUGUUCUGUAUCAGCUUUAUAGGUGUUGCGUACAAUACUCGAACAUCUUAUCUCAUCGCCAUAGCAACCCUCGUCACCAUAGCAACAGCUAACCUCUGUUAUACUCACUUCAUGGUCAAGAAGCUAAGCAACUAAGUCACUUGCCCACAGAGUAACAGCUCUCAGGUUUCUGUUCUUCAGCCACUGUCCUUUCAGGAUAGAAUUUGUAACUAAGAAAUUAAUUUAAAAACUGCUUAUUGAGUAGCAUUGUAUAUCACACUAUGCCUCAUGCACUGUGCUAGCCUCUGAGCAUAGAGAUGGAUGCCAGAGUACCGGGCAGAUAUGCUUAUGUGUGUUCAAUACUCGAAGCAAUGUUCAUUAACAAGGAGUCUGCAUUUUAAAGACACUGGGAAGUAACUCUCCAGUUCGUUGUCUAGCAUUAUAUUUACCUCUGAUUUGUUAUCCUUGCCAUACAAUCUCAUGUUCUCCAUGAUGUGUCUAGUCUUGUUGAAUAGUUCCUUUUUUUAAAAUUUUUUUUAUUUAAAUGAUAUUGACAUCUGAGGAGAUAGCUCAGUUGGUAAAAUACUUUCCUCACAAAUGUGAAACCCUGAGUCUUAGCCCCAGAGAUUGUUUUUGCACAUAUAUUUUCCCAAAGACAGUUUAUAUAUAGAAAUAUAUGUUAAAGUGUCUGUCUGUCUGUCUGUCUAUAUAUCUGUGUGUCCAUCUGUCUGUCUAUCUAUGUAUCUA